AACUAAUUUAAGCUGUCAAUUUAUAUAUGAUUAAAAUUGUUUGAAUAUAUGUACUUGCUUUUAUUAUUCCUCCUGUUUAAAAAAUAGUAUAAUUUAUUAAUCAAUGUAUUUGAAUAUUUAUAUUCUGUUAAGCAUUAUAUACAUAACAUUGAUAAACCUGUAAUUAUUAUAUUAGCAUUGACCAAUUGACUUUGAUGGUUAUCCAUGUACAAAUUGUGUAGAAUUCUUGUUAAAUAUUAAAAAGCACAACUUAUUUUAAAUUUGUAAUUAAUAACAACACAAUGAAUACUAACAAUAUUGAUUUAAUACCUAAACUUGAAGCAGCUUUGUCUCAACAAAAUUGGGAAGAAGUAUCAAGUCUUCUUAACCCUAAAUUAUUUAGAACCCUACAAUCAGAGGAGUUAAUUGCAUUUUCAGUCUUAGCGAAAGUAGCGCAAAUUCUGGUAACAGAUGAUUCUACUGUUCCAAAGAAUAUAAAAAUUGCAUGCUUAAAAUGCUUAGGGAAUUCUUGUUUUAAUGGCUACAAACAUAAAGAAUACAUUCAAAGUAACAUCGAAUGUGGAAUAUUUUGCCAUAAAUUAUACUCUCGUUUAGCUACGAGUAAUGAAUCUUUUGAAGAGAAAGAAAUUUGUCAGUCAUACGCAUCUAAUUCUCAUUUUCCUUAUGAAGGUGUUAUCGAAUGGACAUCGAAUUUUAUUAUAUCAUACAAAGCUGAUGAAGAUUUGUUAGAUGAGCAGUUAGAGAUUCUUAGAUUAAGUGUUCAGUUUUUAUGUAAUCUAUUUACAUUUGCAUGUAAGGAUACCAGUUUUCCAGAUCAGUAUAAUGUACCAAAAUGUUUAUACGAUACUAAUUUGAAAACUGUGAUAAUGAAUCUCACUCAUUCUGAACAUGUUCCGCUUAUUAGAGCUUCAUGUGUAUUUAUCCAUAAUGCCUUGAAAGAAUUCGAAGGGAAAACUUUUACAGAACUAGAGAAAAUACAUUUAUGUUCAAAACUUCUAAAACCUAUUAAAAACGGUUUUGAAAGUGCAAAGGAAAGUUUGAUGUUUUUAUUAUGCCAAUCGAAUGUAUUAAGAAAUGCGUAUAAUGAUAUGGACAUAGAAGACAAAUUAUAUUUAUUGGAAAUUAUUCAUAGUGAAAUCUCAGACACUGUAUAUAAUUCAAAAAAGGAACACCUAUUUGCAAUAGACACUGUGGAGUUUCUGGCAGAAAGUUUUUGCAGGAAGAGCGACUUAAUUCUGAAAACUGCUGAUACAUGUUCAGAUAAAAUGGAACCUACAGAAAUCGUUAUAAUACUUGAUAUUCUAGGAACCUUAACUUCUGGUUCAUUAAAGGAAUACAAUUUUCUAAAAAAUUACAGAAGCUUACUCAUCAACUGCAUUUAUCUUUUGAAAUCUAUACAAAUGCUAGGAAAAGAAUCCAACAAUUGCUUUACACCUAUGCAGAGGUUGAGUGAUGUAGCACCAGCUGCACAAGGAAUAUCUGAAGAUAAUGAAUUAGGAGGGAACUCAAAUAUUGGUGAAACUAAGGAGGGAGAAAAGAAUUCAGGGAGGAAUGACUUUUACAGUCACCCAGCUUUUGGUUUUAAAGCUGGAUUGAUCAGAGUUAUUGGGAAUAUGUCGUACAGAAACAAAGAUUGCCAGGAUCUGCUCCGCGAAAUGGACGCCAUACCUCUGCUUCUGGACUGCUGCAAUAUAGACGCGAGGAAUCCGCUUAUAAUGCAAUGGACGAUCCUCGCGCUGCGGAAUUUAUGCGAGAAUAACCCUGGGAAUCAAGAGAUCAUCCGGAAUUGCACGAGGACCGGAAUCGUGGAAAACAGCGUGCUCCAGGAAAUGGGGCUGACCUUGCACGAGGAAGAAGGAAAGAGAAUUGGGAUUGUACCCCUAAUUAGAGAUAACAAAUAAUAUUAUUAUAAUUAGAUGGAUUGAAAAGUUUAUAAUUAAAAUUGAAGCCAUGUAUGGCCCU